AUGCCCAUUUGUUUGACAAAAAUUUUUGGAUUUUAUCGAAUUGGAUAUAAAAACGAAAAUAAUGGCAAAAACAUGAAAAUAGAUAUAAUCGUCAUGGAAAAUCUUUUCUAUGAACGUAAGGUUUCAAGGAUUUUUGAUCUCAAAGGAUCCAUGCGUAAUCGACAUGUACAAAGCACUGGAAAAGAAAACGAAGUUUUAUUGGAUGAAAAUCUUUUAGAACAUUUUAUUCGAACCUUUACAUGGGAUAAAACACUUGAGAGUUGGGUUAAAGCAUCUGGUUUCUUGGGUGGUGGUAGAAAAGAACCGACCAUAGUUACACCUCAUCAAUACAAAAAUAGAUUCCGGGCAGCUAUGGAUAAAUAUUUCCUUAGUGUUCCCGAUAGAUGGAUUAUCUAUAAAGCACUUAAAAGGGCUGGUCCUAUUCUUUAA